AUGUCUGCCUUUGCCCUAUUCUUGGUCUGCCUUCAGGCUUGCUUGGUCCAGAAUGUCUUCUGCUGGAUUGCUGAACCAGCAUUCGCAGCCGGACCCCUCGGUUACGGCCCAGCGGCCUUCGCCCCUGCUCCCUUUGCCCCCGCUCCUUUCGCUCCAGCUCCAUUCGCUCCAGCUCCAUUCGCUCCUGCUCCAUUUGCUCCUGCUCCUUUCGCCCCAGCACCUUUUGCCCCAGCUCUGGAGCCUGCAGCGUACGGUGGUGAGGGCAUCGGUGAUGUAGCAGUCGCUGGUGAGAUGCCAGUCGCUGGUACCACAAUGGUAGCCGGUCAGGUCCCAAUCCUCGGAGCUGUGCGCUUCGCCGGUGAUCUGCCAGCUGGUGGCGUCGUCUCCAUUGCUGGUAGCUGCGGUUGCGGCAGAAACGCAUACGCCUACUAG